AACUGAUCAUCUGAUGAUCAUCUGAUUUCGGGAUGCGGACGAUUGGGCUGCUUUCAAGCAUCUUUAAAUACCAAAUCAUAUAAUUGGGAUCAAUUGGAAACUAAUUGAAACAAUUCGUAAUUGAAUCACCACAGAGAAAUAAAUAAAAGUUCGAAUCUACAUGACGUCCGCUAUGAUGAUUGAUCGCGUUAGUCGCUUCGUUCUUCACAUGUGCAAGCGAAAUAAAAGGAUCAGUAGCUACCAGCGGUAUACGGUUAGACACGGUUCAACCCAAGUCGAUGGCAAUACUUUAGAACGCUUGAUUGACAGGAGCAUAUUGCGCGUAAGCGGUAACGAAGCCUCCAUUUUCCUCCAGGGAUUGAUUACGAACGAUAUGAAGCAUCUCGACGAAGGAGCACCUAGCAUCUACACUUUGUUCCUGAAUAUACGAGGCAGAGUGAUGUGCGAUGCUAUUGUAUACAAGAGUGAAGAAAGCAACUUGUAUUAUGUAGAAUGCGAUUCGCAGAUUGUCGACACUUUACAGAGGCAUCUAAAGAUGUAUCGCGUGAGACGAAAGAUAAAUAUAGAAUAUGUAGGGAACAAAAUCAAUGUUUGGUCGAUGUUCAGUUCUAUCAAACAUUUCAAUAAUGAAGCUGCAGCAAAUGAGACAGGAAAGCUGGAAGGAAUGAUAUUUCCAUGUGGCACGUUAAACAGUAAAACCAGCAAAUUUGUCGACAACGUUAUGAUAUACGAAGAUCCCAGAUUGCCUGAGCUAGGCCUCAGAAUUUUAGCCGAGUCACAAAUUGGCAGAGACGAGAUAAUUAAAUAUCUAGAUGCUGAUAUACCUUCGUCAGAGAAUCUAGGAGAUUAUCGGGCGUUUCGAUAUAAACUGGGCAUAGGGGAGGGCAUGCAUGAUCUACCACCUGGAAAAGCAUUACCUUUGGAGAUCAAUUGUGAUUAUUUACACGGCGUUAGUUUUCAUAAAGGCUGCUAUGUUGGCCAGGAAUUAACCGCGCGUACAUAUCACACGGGUGUAGUCAGGAAACGGCUGAUGCCUCUGUUGUUUGAUAACGUUAUAGAUAAACCGUUUGCAUAUGAUGAGAAAAUUCUCAACGAAUCUGGCAAUGCGGUAGGGAAGUUCCGAGGAUGUGUUGCUAAGUACGGAUUAGGUUUGAUGCGUAUAAAUGAAUCUCUUAAUGCCCGACAGCUUAAUGUAUCUGGUAUAAAUGUAAGGGUAGUAAAACCUGCAUGGUGGCCUCAAGAAUCACAAAAAGAAAUUAUUUUUGCCAAAGAUACAAAAUAACAUUAGAAUUUCUAAAUAUC